CAACGGAGAAUAUCGUGGCAGCAGGGUGAGCGUCCUGCCGCUCGGUCGAGACCCGCGCGUACGACUACGCGCGAUUUUUGAUCCGUCCCCAUAAAUGCGAUCCAUUCAAUUAUUCGCUAUCAGUGAAAACGAAUCCAAAUAAACAAUACAGCAUUUUUUUAUCGGCCGACAUCAUGUAGAUCGCAAUAUACAUUUUUUCCCCCAGGGGUACGACCAAAUGUGUUCACUAUUUUUACGUUCGUGAUUUUUUUUUAUUUAAUAUUCGUUUUGUGAUAAAUUUUCGGCCGUGGUAACACUAUGCGUUUCCGCUUAGUAGUGGUCGUGGUGAUAUCGACUCUUACGUAUUCCGAAUCGACCAUACAAACAGACAGCAAAAAAAUUGGGGCAAUUCUUAACGCAACCUUCGAAGAAGAGAAACUUACGGGUACGCGGUUAGUUGAUUCGAGAACGGCUACGCAAAACACCUCCGUUAUGUACAGCGAUUGGAGUAAGUGGAGCAGAUGUCACGACUGUCUGCAGCGUAGAAUCAAGAAUUGCGUGAAUCCCAGCUGUCACAAUUCGAGGCUGUUUGAGGAACGCGAGUGCCACAAGAAACGGUGCAAGAGAAAAGUGCGCAAGAAAAUUGAAUUCCACGUCGUUCAUUUGAACACGAGCAGAAGUUAUUUGACCAAGCAAGCUCCUUCCGACGUAUGGAGCAGAUGGACGAAGUGGUCCGCGUGUUCGCCGCAGUGUCGGACCUCGAGAACGAGGAGAUGCAGGAAACCUGGCAGGUGCAGGAAAGAUGUGCAGAAGGAGACGGCCUAUUGUUACCACGAGAAGACCAAAUGCGAGUUGUACGUGCUCAACUUGAUGGAAGCUAAGCUAAUGAAAAACCCUUUAGACAAAAGGAGGUACCACUACACAUACAGCCAAAACCAGUUCAUUACCAGGGAACCGAGAACGAAGCCGGAAAAGUGCGGAGUGUCUUUCAGCAAGCCGAGGAUGCUGAAAAUCAUCGGCGGAACCGAAGCUCAGCGUUACAAGUGGCCGUGGCAUGUGGCCAUAGUCAAUCAGUUUUUCGAGGUGUUCUGCGGUGGUACCUUGAUCGCACCCCGAUGGGUGCUCACGGCAAGUCAUUGCAUUCGUCGAUAUCUUCGGGUUAAAUUGAAUGCUCAUGAUCUUCGCUCAGACGACGGCAGCGACGUAGAGAUGAUCGUGUCCAAAAUGUUUCCACAUCCCAGGUUUGAUUAUAAAACCGUCGACAAUGACAUUGCCCUGCUUCUACUGCCCAGAAGCGUCAGGACGCCCAUCGCCUGCCUUCCUAAUCGGAGACCCAGAGCUGGUCAGCUGUGUUCGGUCAUGGGGUGGGGGAAAAUACGUACCAGCGAUAUGUACGGGGUCCCUGUGCUUCACGAGACCAAGUUACCGCUGGUGAGACAUAAGACUUGCAAGAAGUCCUACAAGGAGUUCCUGAUCAGCCCCAACAUGCUAUGCGCGGGAUGGAGAUCAGGAAAGUCAGACACGUGUGCGGGUGAUAGCGGCGGUGGCCUGAUGUGUUCCAAUUUGAAGCCCAGGAGGCAAAAGUACAGCGUCCAGGGAAUCACGAGCUUCGGGGACGGUUGCGGCGAAAAAAACAAAUAUGGGAUUUACACAGCCGUAUUUAAUUACAUCGAAUGGAUUCACUACGUAAUCGACCAUUACUCGUGACGCAGUGAUUCUACAAAUGGCGAAAAUGCUUUCCGAAAAAUGCCUCGUGUUGUAUCGAUUUAAAAAAAUAUAUAAAUGAUCGUA